CUGCUAGAUCUCUCCAAAGCUUCUAUUUUCCACGCCGGGAAAUGCUCCUCUGCGGGUUGAGAUUCUGAUCCGGAUUUGUGCAAUUCGGGCCGGAUUGGAUUGGGUUCUGAGAAAUGGAAGGCGGAGACGGGACGAUGCGGCUCGGGGCUCUUAACUUGAAGGCGGAUCGGGUGAGGUUCGAUUCGAGUCCUGAUGUGUCGGUUUCGUCGCCGGUGACGAAGCAGAAGGCCGCCGCGGCUAAGCAGUUCAUUGAGAAUCACUACAAGAACUAUCUACAGGGACUGCAGGAUCGCCAAGAGAGGCGUCGAGAACUUCAAAGGAAAGUACAAGAAGAUCAGGUACCGGCUGAGGAACAAGAAGAGAUGAUGAGGAAUUUAGCACGCCGAGAAACAGAAUAUAUGAGACUCCAGAGACGGAAGAUUGGAAUUGAUGAUUUUGAGCAAUUAACUGUAAUUGGAAAAGGUGCAUUUGGCGAGGUACGGUUAUGCCGUGCAAAAGGUACUGGAGAGAUUUACGCUAUGAAGAAAUUGAAGAAAUCAGAAAUGCUUAGCCGUGGACAGGUUGAACAUGUGCGUUCUGAGAGAAAUUUGCUUGCUGAAGUUGAUAGUCGGUGUAUUGUAAAACUUUAUUAUUCAUUUCAAGAUUCUGAUUUCUUAUACCUUAUCAUGGAGUAUUUACCUGGUGGUGACAUUAUGACAUUAUUGAUGAGAGAAGAUACUCUUUCUGAAGAUGUUGCACGUUUUUACAUGGGAGAGAGUAUUCUUGCUAUUCACUCAAUCCAUCAACACAACUAUGUUCAUAGGGACAUAAAACCAGACAAUUUGAUACUGGAUAAAACUGGCCAUUUGAAGCUUUCAGAUUUUGGCUUGUGUAAACCUCUGGAUGACAAGUAUUCUACACUAUUGGAAAAUGACGAUUUAACCUCCCAAGAAUGCAUAGCUGAAACUGAAGGACAAUCUGGCUGUGAUAAGGUUCCUUGGUUGAUGCCAAAAGAACAAUUACAACAAUGGAAACGUAAUCGGCGUGCCUUGGCUUAUUCAACUGUUGGAACUCUUGACUACAUGGCUCCUGAGGUUUUGCUGAAGAAAGGAUAUGGCAUGGAGUGUGAUUGGUGGUCACUAGGAGCAAUCAUGUACGAAAUGCUAGUAGGCUAUCCUCCAUUCUGCUCUGAUGACCCAAGGAUCACAUGCCGCAAGAUAAUCAAUUGGAGAACAUGCCUGAAGUUUCCCGAUGAGCCAAAGAUAUCAGACGAGGCGAGGGAUUUGAUUUGUCACUUGUUAUGUGAUGUUGAAACGAGGCUUGGGACACAUGGAGUAGAAGAAAUUAAGGCGCAUCCAUGGUUCAGAGGUACUGAGUGGGACAGGCUGUAUGAAAUGGAAGCUGCAUAUAAACCUACAGUCGUUGGAGACUUGGACACUCAGAAUUUCGAGAAGUUUCCUGAUCUAGAAGGCCCAUCUGCAACACCAACAGUGGGACCUUGGCGGAAGAUGUUAACGUCAAAAGAUAACAAUUUCAUUGGAUACACUUUCAAGAAAUCAGAUGUCCUCAAAUCACUCGAAAGUUCAGGUACAGACAUGAGAUCAAACGGAUCUUCGAAGUCCCCUUCACUGGUUUCCUUGUUAGGUAGAAUUGACUUGCAAGACAGUGUAAUACCAGAGGCCGAACCAAAGCAGGAAAUAUAAGUUUUGUAUUGGAGCAAGUAGUAUUCUUUUCUUCAUGCGCACACUCAACCGAAGCCUAUUGUUUUUGUUCACGAUCAGAUUCCGCGAGAUUUGCUGUAUGCAUGAAGACUUGAAUAAAGCCCGAAAGUCCCAAAUACUCUUUUAUGUGUAACUUCUACUGUAAAGACAGUAAACUCCCAAGUUCAACAUUGCCACUAUUUUGUCUGGGUUCUUUUGUUUCAAUACACACACCCCUGUAAGAACCAAGAGAAACUAGUGCACCAAUUACACCCUUGUUAUGCAAUUUCAUCACUGGACUGGACCCAACUUUUCUAUGUUCAUCAACUUGUAUGAUUGCUUUUGUAAUUUGGACUUAGAUAUCAGUAAAAGAAAACAGCUGAUGCAGCCUCCCUUACUCUA